CCUCGUUGGAAGUGGUGAUUGAUACAUUCCUAUCGAUCGAUCAGGACCGUGAUGGAUACGUCACGCAAGAUGAGCUGUCACUUGUGAUUAUGGAGUCGCCUUUGAAGAAACGGACAAGCCAGCUUAACACACGGCGAUUUGUGGAAAUGGACUGGGACAAUGAUGGUCGAAUCAGUUUUAGAGACUUCCUUCAUACUUUUGUUGGAUGGAUUGACCAUGACGACGAAACCGAGACUGCAGCAACAUCAUCUGAAGGGAAGGCAGAGGCUUCUGAGGUCAAGCCUCAGAUUCCGCUGGACCCUUUAAAGGCUGAACUGCAGGCCCAGGAGGAGAAACUCCGCCAGCAGGCCCAGGCAGUUGAUACUCUAAAGGCUGAGUUGAAGAAGAAAGAGGAAGCAACCCAGAAAGAGGCAAGGCGAAAGUUACUGAUUGCAGUUGUGGAGAUGAUCAGGGGAUGUGCCAUCUUUAGCAAGAUCGACCUCAAAUCUGGCUAUCACCAGAUUGAGAUGGCUGAAGGCGAUGUCCACAAGACAGCCUUCAAAACCAGGCUUGAUACAUUAGAGGCUGACAAAGUUGAGUUAGAGGGCUUGGAUGACUCUGGAAUGAAUGAGCCCAUGAAAGUGUUGAGGAACAACAUGUUGUCGCUGCAUGCGCACGUGGACAGCAGGUUGGACUUCAUGCAGAACACUUUGGACCAGAUCCUGGACGUUCUGACCAGGCCAGGAUUUAGGCCACCAGCACAAUCGCCGUUGCCGUUAUCGGCGAUGUCAGGCCCCUUUCCAGUUCAAGCUGGUACACAACCAAGUGGUACGUCUGCACCAGUCGCACAGACUGUUGCAUCUUCUUCUUCGGGUCCAGCGGUGGGAGCUACACCACCGCAACAACCUGUUCAGCAAUCUGGACAGCCGCAGGGUCAAUUGUAUCCUAAGACCCCAAUGAAACCGCCUCUUGCCUUCUCAGGCGAGAAGAAGGACGAAGAACUCAACACAUGGUUGAGGACCGUCGCGGUUUGGGUGAAGGCAAAGAGGACCUUGCCUGAGGAUGAAGUGGUAACUGCUGCAUCUUACCUCGAGGGUAAGGCAGCCAAAUGGCUAGAUGGUGUAGUUGUGAAGGCAGGGUACGGGCGACGCAUGGCGGACUGGGUUAAGUCAUUAACGUUAGACCAGUGCAUGGAAAUGGUAGAAGCUCGAUGGCAUAAUCCACAGGAGGCACAAAGAGCCACUGAUGUGAUUAACAAACUGGACCAACGAAAGUUCAAGUCGGUCAUUGAGCUUACGACUACCGUUGAGAGCCUGAUCCUCGUCCCUGGCAUCAACUAUAGUGACCAGUUCCUGUUAACAACCUUUGUUAGAUGUCUUCCUGAGAACAUCAGGAACUUGCUGGCCAGCGAGGCACGCCUCGAGUACCAUUCAUUUGAGACAUUGUCUAGGAAAGCCUUAGAUUUGGAGGCCACACUGGGCAAUGCUCAACCCACUCAGAAUGACACGAAGAAGAAGAAGAGUCCUCAUGAAUGGAAGAAGAAGGGGGCUAAGUUUAUGAUGGUGGAGUCCGAUGGGACUCAAACUGAGAUCGACGAGCUCACAGACCUGAUGGACUAUACAGAGUUUGACGGCGAGGAGGUAGCUGAGGGUAGCACCCUCGCCGCGGUAGUCAAGACUAAGGCAGGUGGCCGAGGGAAGGGCCAACCAAGGAGUCAAGGGAAGGCCGCCUCCAAUCAGACCAAGCAGACUGAUUGGGUGAAGGCAAGUCUUGAUCAAGACGUGUGGCGUGACCGCCGAGUGCGUGGCGCUUGUAUCAACUGCGGGGAAUACGGUCACUCGCAGUACAAGUGCCAGAACGCAAAGAUACCCUCCCCACUUCACGAGAAGGCCAAAGCUCAUGACUCCUUAGUCACCCCGCAGACUCAUCUAGACCAAACUAUGCUCUGUACGUUCGAUGUGUCUGAUGCCUUAGAAGACUUGGAGAGGCAAUUGACACCGAGAACGGGUAAGAGCACUCUGCGUCCAUUUGCGCUGUUGGACGGAGGCGACAGCAGCAAGCAGCCAUCCCGAGAGGGCAGCCCUCGUAAAGGACGACGUAAAAAGAAGGAACGGGACUAGCUGUUUGUGAAAUGAGCCAUCAUCGUGAUGCAAUAGAACGCAACGAGGAAAGUUUGCCAGGCUAUGAAUGCUUUCUUCUGUCCGCCUCGAUCAGUGAGGGAGGUCAAGUUGUGAACCGGCUGAAGCCAAUCGAGAUAUGGAGGUAUGAUUGUCGCAAGAAGGAGACCCAUGGUUCCGACUUGCAAGCUAUGGCCACUAUGCUCAUGCGACUGAUGACAUCAUGCAUCAUCUUCCCGGAGACUUUACGAGAAGCAGGCGUGGUGAAGCAUCUCAUCAGAUAAGGCACAUCACGAGGAGGUGUAGAUUGCCUCAGCGGCUCUCAUUGUGGCUGCUGCAGGCAAUUUGGAGGCGGAGUGGAAAUCGCUCCAGAACGC